AGUGCUCUGUGCGCCAGAAGUGCCAGUCGUACGCGAGCAGUGAAAUACAUCGGACCGCCGACCGAAAGGGAAAGGACUUUUGUUGCGCGCCCUGUAUGCGAAAUCGUAUGUUUGUGUGUGCGGAGCGGAACACGGAUCCUUGGAGGAUAACGACAUAGUCCUGCGAGGGUGGAUGUGGGCACGUGCAGAAAUAAAUUCGGAAUAUCCGCAUAUCAGUGAAAAUGUAGUUAAUGCUAUGACGAGAGGAUAGCGCGGGUUUAUGUGUGUCCUUAAGCAGGAGGAAAUUCUAGCAGAUGUGAUAAGUGGAGAGCGAAAGCGAAAUAAUAUUCGAUGUGGUGAAGAUUUUUUUUUCUGCCUCACUGACAGAGAGCGGAAAAGCUGCUACAAGGAAAUUGUAUUUUUGUGUGAAGAUUCAAAUUCCCGGGAUAACAAGAAGUAAGCCGGGGGGUUCUGGAGUGUGGGGUUCGUGCUACGGUGUAUUAAAUUUCGCCCGAAUUGUUGCUUAUUUCUCGUCAACGUCGGGGGAGAACUCGUGAUAAAAAACCCAUAGUUGAAAGUGAUUUGUUUGUGAUAAGUAAACACGACUCUGCUCCGUUGGGACAGUGCACCGAAACAUGAUUGAAUUUGCACCAACGCCACUCUCAUCAGCUGCUGCUGGAUGGCAGCGACGAAAAUAUUUUGCGGAUAUUCGAUACCAACCGAUGGUUCGCGAGCAGCGUGAAUUUGUGUAAAUGAAGCAUCAGAUUCAUUCGGAUCAUCCGAUAGUUUAGAGCAAGAAGAUCAAAAGCGAAGUUUAAUUAUUCAAUAGUCAAGCUCGGCGCUUAGCGUUUCACCGUCCCUGUUCAAUAAUCCCUUGUGAGCUGCAGCUUGGUUGGCGGCUGAGUUAUUUAUUUAUUUAAGUUAUUUAUUUACGAUCUUAUUUAUUAAUUUAUAACCAUGGCCUCGAAGGUACUCUUCCGUAAGCUUACGGCGUACUUACUGACGAUUAUGAUGGGGUUCAAUGGUUCAACAGUUGCCGUAGAUGCCAUGUCAGAUACGUUAGUGGCGCCCAUAGAAGUGAUAGAGGAGUGGGGCUGCUACGACACCGAAAUUCGACUAACGUGUGGAAACCUUGAGUCGAGGAUAGCGAUACUCGAGGCUAAAUUCACACCUCGCUGUGCAGCGGAACGAGCCGAGGACUGUGUGCACCUCGAUGAGCACAGGAUUACCCACACAUUUUCCUCGCAGCGGAUCGACAAGCUCACGCUACAGGAGAAGGAAGCUGGCCAGCGAUUCCUGCAGACAUUGCGACGGAAUCAUGACCACGAGAACGAGCGCGAAGAGAACAUUCCAUCGAUUGCCGCGUCCAUCCAGCCGGCCAACGGUUCCGCCAAUGUUCGCGCCGUGAAGGACAAACGAAGUUCAAUGAGGGCAACGCUGGAGCACAUGAUUGUCCGCUAUUUGCGACGAAUUACCAGCAGCGGCGAGGAGGACCGAGAGGAUGAGCACGGGGGUUACGAAUCUUCUUCAAUGCGGUAUCGUCGCCAGGCGGCGGCGACGGCAAUGGUCGAUGCCAACGGGACGGAGCCGGGAAGUGGAAGUGAUAAUACAACCGAAGUGGCCGGAAACGAGGGGCUGUUGGGGAGUUCCGUAGAGAUUACGUUGCUCACUAAUGACACCGAUAGUGGAAUCAUCAUCAACGGUAGUGUGGUGGGUAAUUUGGGUGAACAACACGGGGAGCCGUUCGCGAAGAGUGAUGCGGAAAGUGUGAAGGAAAAUGUUUAUGUCUUGCCUAGCGCGCAAGUGUCGAGUGAAGAAGAGAAAAGUUCUAAAAUUGUUUAUGAUAGCGGUGAGAGACCGCCUGCCAGGUCUCGGAAGCAUAAACCCAAGAAGAAGGAGUGUACCAGCGUUCGCCAACGUAUCGCUCAGCUGGAUCGUUUCGAGCUGGAGAAAUCGAUGCGGAACGAUUCCUUCCGCGAGUACAACAUACGCAACGCACUCAAUUAUAGAUGUUCCGGGAAGAACCACUGCAGCUUUGUGUUUGCACAGGACCACCCGUUCGCGGUCAUAUGGCGAGAAGGUACCGUACGUGUGAAGUACCUCUGCAUGGACGAUUUCCGCAUCAGCAGGUACUGCGAUGAGCACUUAAUUAUCGGCAACGAAGCCCAAUGGGAGCGGCGCCGUGACAACCAGCCAUCUAACGAGACACACGACGUUUCCGGCCCGGAAACAACGAUGGAAACGACGGCGUCGGCGACGAUGGACGGCGACGAGAGCGGCCAGCUGCUGCACCACUCUUCUGGCUACGAAGCCGGAAAAAGUUAUUAUAAUGGCCAUAAUUUGCCCGGAUUUGCAGAGGACCGAAAUCAGUGGAGCUACGAUACCUCGUCUUACUACGAGGAGGACCAUCAAUUGCAGCCGGACGAGUACGAUGCCCCCCGAGGUGAACCGAGGGCGGAAGCCUUGCAGCAGCAGCAGGUCCAGCAAAUGCAUUCGCUUCACAAUCUGAAAAUCCUCAAACCUGUUCCCGGCGAGGAAGCGGCGAUUAAUGAUGUGGAAAAUCAGCGCCAGCUUGAGGCGGAAGCAGCCAACCGGAAGCGCCAGCGGCAACGGCAGAAAGUUUUCUCUCAGGACUUCCGCCUGCUCAAGAUCCUCCCGAGUAAUCUGGACAAGGUCGAAGACAUCAAACAAGUCGGGGACGAGUAUUACUUCAAAAAGGACGUCGAGGUUACGGAUGUAUCCGAGAACGAAAUAGAACCCGGAGAGGGCGCUAGUAAAAACGAAAGUAAUCAGUUCACAGAGACUCUCGAUAUUGUAGUCCUUCCGCCGCCCACCAAGGAUGCCGACGUGUAUGAGAGUGAUUUCGAUCAGCCACUGGAAGACACUGGCAGAAACACAACGUAUCUUCCAGUAGCGAGUUCACCGUUACCAGUCGUUGGCCCAAUACAAAAUGUCUCUGAAAUGAUUACUACAACGACAGGCUUCAUCACUAGUGGUAGAAUAGAUGUAGACAAAGUACAAGAUUUGAUAACAUUUAGUACAACAGCGAUAUCGUCACCUACCGCUGUUGCGUCAACAGUUUCCGAAGAUAGUUUAGAAAAGUAUUCGGGAAUUGAAUCAAACGAAAUACAGGAAGACAGAAAACCCAACAAAACUAGCUCCGAAGACAGUUUUAACUUCAACAACAGAACAUUUAAAAAGAUACAGGAAGCGGUACGAGAAGAAAUGGGCGAAAGUCAGUCCGGGACCGUAGAAGGAUAUCCUGGAAGCUACGACGAUGAUGACGAUGACGAUUUUGAUGAAGACGAUAGUGACGAUGAUUACGAUGACCACGAGAGCAGAAGCCACCGAAAAUAUAUAAGUAUCCAACGAACGCUUCUCAAGCACCCUCUACGCCAGGGCUUCCUCAUGACUCCUGGUUAUCCGAAGUACUACAUCGGGGAUAGUAUUUGCCGGUGGACAUUAUACGCUGAGCGACAUCAGAAAAUCAAAUUGACUAUUCUAGACUUGGCUUUGCGACAGGACGAGCCGUGCAAAGAUUAUGUCGAGAUUAGGGACCUGAACACAAACCGGACCCUGUUCAGCAGUUGCUCCGAGAGCACUCGACCCAUAGAGGUGAUUAGCGUGGAGGAACAGGUGCAGGUGAACGUGCGAACGACAACGAAGGUCGCCUACCCCAAAAGAGGCGUGCUGAUACACUAUGCAGCACUCGGCUGUGAGCUGCCAUCGCCAACACCGCCGCAUAUGACGCUGGUUCGUCGAAGCGAGCACCGCAUAAAAUACGUCUGUGAUCCUUUAUUCGUGUUUCCCGACACAGCUGAACCCAGUCGUGAGUUAGUCUGCACUGCUAAGCACACGUGGAACCGACCGUUGCCGGCCUGCGUAGAGAAACGUGACACCGAAGGAAGUGGAUUAGUGUCCCACUACGAGCAAAAACGCAAGAUAAGCGAUUCUGAAAAUAUGUCUGACAAACAGGCAGAUACUGUGUAUGACAUCCUGAUUCCGUCGAUGAUUAUCGCUGCCCUAUUUAUUGUUAAUGGUAUCGUCUUCGCGGUUAUAAUGCGCUACAGGAACAAGAGAAAGCAACGCCUUGAACUAGACAGUAAGGAACUAGCUGAGCUGUAAGCUGUAAUCACACAUUCAUUAAAUCGAAACCAUUAAACACGAACAAAACAAUGUUUCGCAAAGAUGAUGCAUGUGCAAAAAAAAAAACAACAGGAAUUCAGUCAUUUCAGAGAAAAUGAAACCAUCACCACCGUCACCAAAAUGCCAUAUACAUAUGAACAAGAAGUUUAGUUUAAAACUAACCAAGCAGAGUACAGUAAAAUGAGUCCUUCUCCGUAAUCUUUCCUUAUGGACAUUCAUCAACAUGUACGAAUCACUUGCGUCUCGCAAUGAUGCUGUUGCUGCUACUAUCAAACACAAACGACACAUUUAUUUGUCAAGGACAAGCACAAGCCCAUCUCUAUUGUCGGCCAGGAAGCAGUGUGCAGCCAUAGGCAUGCUUCCAUAUUAUGCGAACGCAGUUUAUCAUAUCAUCAGCCCGUUGUCAUUAUCAUGGUCAUUGGAGCAUCAUCAUAGAUGAACGAAACAGGUCAUUAUCAUCGCUAAAGUAAGUAUAUUCACAGUUCAAUUAUCGUAAUGCUACGAAAAAAAUGGAUUGAAGAAGGCACUCUGUGGGAGAAAGUUUUUGCCGGAUAUUUUAUCGCUCCGAAUGAGGAUCAAGGAAAAGUUGUAGUGAAAAAAGCUUUGAAUUUAAACAAAACAACAUAAAAUAUUAGUAGAUUCUAUACAUACACACACCAACACGGUACUAUUUUGCACGCUGAAAAAAAAACAAAUAUUAUAUACAACUAUAGAAUCUUACAACAUUCUAACCAAUAGUAAUCAAGCAAAACGAAAGUGAAUAUUUAUAGUAAGACGCCGUUAACGAAUUUUGAUAACUUAUUUCCCUAAUCUUUUCGAGCCAUAAAAGUUCCCUUGCUUUCCCUCUCGACGAAAACCAAAAAUUUAACGCUAUAGUGCGGAGUGCAGUUUCCAAAUCGACAACAACCAAAUAUUUUCUAAAUUUAUACAAAAAUUAGUACAUAUUGAAACAAAGCAUUGGCUGCUGCGUACGCUAUCAUCUACACCGAUUUAGAAUACAGACAAAAAAUAGGUCAAUGUUAGUGUCAAUAUAUUUUCUGAAUUAUUUGUAUGAUAGGCUCGGCCAGCAUUCGAGAACGGGAUUUGAAUUAGAGAAAGUGUUAACAUUGUAUGAAGCCAACCCGAGGUGUUCCCUCGUAGGAAGCAUGAUUACAACAACAACAAAAAAACAAGAUAAACUCAGCAAAAAACGCCAAAGAUUAGAUGUUAUACGCUCGUCGCUAGCUUUGAAAAGGAUUUGGAACGUAACGAUUGUUUGCCACGUGCUUUACGUGUCCGCAUAAAAAUAGAGCUCCGUUGAACUGAGAAUUGAUGGUAUUUGAUGAACUGAUGGAAUUUUUUUCUUAAAUUGAGAGGAGAGCGAUAGUUUCGGAACAUUUGCGACCUGUUAUUACCGAGUGAUUUGCGGUCCAAAAUAAAAUGAGUAGAUCCAACGAUGUGAGCAAAAACAAAACGUAUGCACACGUUUAAUAUAACAAUCUGUAAAUUGUACAUUUCAAAUUUUCAAAUUAAGCUUCCCGAAGCUAACGAAGGUUUGGUUUUAUCACGUUCGAGUUUUGAUUCUUUCUGUUGUACAAUUGGGCCAUGUUGAGAAAGUAAAAACUUAUUGAAUUUGGUUAUUUUCUUAAUUUUCUAAGAAAAUAUUAUUUGUCUAAUCAAACAUUGUACUUCCAUGCAAAAAUAAAAAGGAAAGAAAUGA